AAUGCCCGAGAGCGGGGAAAUACAUUCUGGCAGGGCUAACGUAACUUGACACAACACCUGAUUAAGAAAGUCCUUGUAAAAUGCUGAAAGUAGCUCACAUAGAUGUCACACAGGUCUGUUGUUGACCAAAAUUGAUGAUUUUUCGCAGUUAAAGAAAUGUUUCCAGUCUGACUGUGUUAACUGUACAAAUGACACUUGGUCAUUAAAGUUGUUAAAAACAACAUUUUUCCGUUUAUCUAUUUUAUUUACACCAACAUUGGCCCCCAGUCUAAGGGGGAGUUCUUAAUCUGGACCUCCACUACAAUAAGUUGGAGAACGCCUGGUCUACAGGUUGUUGACGCUCCUGGAUGGAGACGUUGGCAGUGAUGGUGACAUAAAAAAAAAAAAAUAGGGACAAAAAAUGUGAUUUUAAUUAUUUUUUUCUGGAAAGUGGCAAAAAGCAGACAGUAGAAACCAUCUGGAACGUGGCUGCAACAGCACUUUGGAUUUAGUGUUUAAGGGAGUGACGCUUACAGCAGAAACCAGCUUUAUUAGUGAGUUGCUUCAUUUGACAAAUCCUGAAUUCUUGUGCUAAUUAUCUCAGACGACUGAGCAGCAAUCCAGUCAUUGAUCUAAUUUGACCUUCAGAGAGGACAGAAGCCGCCACAUGACCUCCAGGAUGCAGGUUUAUCCUCUGGAGACGACAUUUCUGAACCUGAAUCUCAACCAACCACUGAAUCAACUCCUUUUGGUUUCUUCAGAGGACUUUUGAGGCUUUUCAAUAAUACCGAAUACGAAGGGGUGGAGCUUUGGGAAUUGUAGUUCUUGAUGGAUUUAAAAACACUAAAUUGUUUGUCUCUUGUAGUGAGGAGGACACAGUAAUUUAAACCACAUGUUUACAUUUCUACAUUUGACUUUGAUUGAACUAGGAUCUGUUACCGGCGUGCGUGAAGGGCCAGGGUCCAUCAACGAAGACCACGUACGCCGUCAGCAGCACUAUGAGGACGCCGUGGGUGAAGGUGACCAGGCGGCAGUUCCACUCAGGUCCUCGCUUAGAGAACGCCCAGCAGAACAACAGUCCUUCGUCCGUCUGUUAUUCUGCCAACAGGUGAGAGCUUUGCACAGACGACGCGGGCGGUGCUUCAUUCAGCGAAGGUCAGAUGCUCACCUGACAGCUCUGCAGCAUUAUUUCAGCUCUAAUCCUACACCAGAGCAGAUUAUGGAACAAUCAAGCCUUCCUUUCUGGAUGGCUCUUUCUACGGUGCGACUGUUCUCUCGGCACAGGAGUCCUGGCCUCCAGGUGUUUGGGUAUGCCACGCAGCACAGCUCCUCCAGAGCCCAGGAGAGCAGCAGCGGUCCUGUGUUCCAGUACGUCGGUCAGCACAGGAGCCCGACACACAAAGUGUUUGUGUGGGGCUUCAGCUUCACCGGGGCUCUUGGGAUCCCCAGCUUUGUGGUGCCGGACAGCGGCAGGAAGAAACCCCGCAAGUAUCAGCUGACGCCGUACCGGCUGGAGACGGCAGAGAAGAUCUCGUCUGCUGCUUGUGGUUACGGCUUCACUCUCCUGGCGUCCUCCACCAAAGACGUGUCCAAAGUGUGGGGCAUGGGUCUGAACAAGGACUCUCAGCUGGGCUUCCAGCGGACGCAGCGCAGCCGCAAUCACAGCUACCAUUACGUUCUGGAGCCGUCUCUGGUGGCGCUGCCGCUCAAAGAGCCUCUGCAGACCCGGGUGGUCCAGGUGGCAUGCGGCCGCGCCCACUCCCUGAUCCUCACCGACAGAGAAGGAGUUUUCAGUUUAGGCAACAACGCGUACGGCCAGUGUGGGAGGCGGAUAGUUCCAGAUGAAGUGUACAGCGACAGCCACGUCAUCCACAGGAUCGAAGGCUUCAGCGACAGAGUCGUCCAGGUCUCGUGUGGACAGGACCACAGUCUGUUCCUCACAGAAUCAGGAAAGGUGUUCGCCUGUGGGUGGGGCGCCGACGGCCAGACAGGUCUGGGCCACCACGACGUCAGCGCCGCCCCGGUGGAGGUGGGGGGCGACCUGUCGGGGGUGGAGGUGCAGCAGGUCAGCACCUAUGGAGACUGCAGCCUGGCGGUCAGCAGAGACGGUCAGCUGUUCGGGUGGGGGAACUCGGAGUACCGUCAGCUGUCCUCCAUCACCGAGUCCACACAGAUGAACUCUCCUCGACGUCUUCCUCUGACGGGCUGUGGGACGGUGCUGCAGGCUGCAUGUGGAGGAACACAGGUGGCUGUUCUCAACGAAAAAGGGGAGGUGUUUGUUUGGGGCUAUGGCAUUCUGGGUAAAGGUCCAAAUCUGUCGGAGUCUUCCACUCCAGAGUUGAUCCCGCCCACGCUGUUCGGACGCUCGGAGUUCAGCCCCUCGGCGCCGGUCUCCAAGAUCAGGUGUGGCCUGAGCCACUUUGCUGCAGUCACAGAAGGAGGCGAGCUCUUCGUUUGGGGGAAGAACAUCCGAGGAUGUUUGGGCAUCGGGAAGAAAGACGACCAGUUCUUCCCGUGGCGAGUGACCGUUCCAGGUCAGGUGGUGGAUGUAGCGUGCGGCGUUGACCACAUGGUGGCGCUGGUGAAGUCCAUCCUGUGAGCUAAGAGGAGUCUUCCUAAGGGAGGAAAGGCCGGAGUCUGGAAGUGUUUGUUCUUCUGAGAGUUCAAACAUUUCUGCCAAAGAAAAGAACAGGAACGAACUUUUACAGCCGUCAGAACGAUGAUCCGCCUUCACACAGGAGAAGAGGAGGUGAGUGAGUCAGGAGGAGGUCCCCGGAGGAAGGAGCUUCACGCUGGAGGCAGAAACAGAAAUUCUUCCAGAUUUUUCACCUUUUUUCCCCUAAAAAUUCACCAAAAAUGGAAAUAAUCACAUCCAAAGAAAUGUUUUCCCUUCGGUUUGUUUUGAAACAGUUUUCAACUUUAUUUUAUGAAUUUGUGGAGUUUCUCUACAAGCUCCGCCUCCUUCCUUUGUCCUGAUUGGACGGUUUCUGAAAGCGUUUGUACAGACUCCGCCCAUCACCAAACUUACAGCAUCGUAUGAUGAAAAUGUAAAAAAAAGAAACAUAUUUAUAAUAUUAAAAAUUGCUGUUUUUUCACCCUUGAUGUGAAAUUAGAAAC